AUGGAAAAUCACGGUGUUUGCGGAGUAACAGACUCAAACACGAACGAUGGUGAUGUCAACGAUGUCAACGAUGUCAAUGAUGUCAAUGAUGACAAUAACGUUGAUAUACCUUACAAUUAUCUUUUCCUUCAGGGGAAGUGGGGGGGGGGUAAAAUUGAGUUGCUAAGAUUGAUUGUUGCAACCAAUAGGUUUUGUUUUUACUAA